CGCUCGGUGGAUCACAGAACGAUUCGCGUCGUUAAUUGACCUAGACACGACUCACUUGAUCGUGAUCUCGAACAGGAACUUCCGUCGAUAUAACGAAGAAGAGAGAACCAUGAAGUUAGCGAUAGCAUUGGCAGUGUUGUGCUGCCUGGCAAUCGGGACAUUCGCAUCGCCAGUGCCAAAGAUCUCCGAGGAGAAAACGUCGAAUCAGAAUGUGGUUGCAACCGGAAGACAAGCGGUACAACCACCAGCGGUCAGCGAAGACGACGACGACGACGAUGACGAUGACGACGACGACGUCGAUUUUGAUAUUACCGGAGACGACGACGACGACGACGACGACGACGACGCCGACGAUGAUGACGAUGACGACGAUUCCGAUUAUCUGGAACGUUUUAUCGAAGAUAUACUAGGUAAUGAAGACGACGACGACGACGACGACGAGCCGAGCGCGGUGGAACCGGCGGUUCCAGCAGCGGCGCCUCCGGCAGCGUCCGCACUUCCGGCGGCUGUCGAGGCCGACUUGAACUCCGCCGCUCAGGAAGCGGAACAAUCCGCCGAUUCGGCCGCAGAAACAACGGCCGCCGAGGGUGAAACUACCGGUGUCGAGGAGGACGAUGGGAACGCCGUAGGUGAUGGCCAGGCGUCUUCCGGCGUUCAGGAAUCGGCCAUCGAAGGUGCGGAGUCUGUGUCGAAUCCUGUUCACGUACCAGCCGUGUCGACGAACGAGGCGGACAACGAGGACGAGGAUGACGACGAUGACGAGGACGACGUCGAUCUGGUUUACACCGAGGACGACGACGACGACGAGGACGAGGACGAGGACGACGACGACGAGGACGACGACGAUGUCGACAGCAUCGCCGACAUUGCUGGCGCCAGGCGAGCACGUGUUUUUCAGUACGGGGCGUAA